AUGGACUUCACUGAAGAUGUUAAUUCGGCUCCCUCGACACCUGCAACCCCAGGCACACCCGGGGCUCCUCUCUUUGGCAGCUUCAAGACAGAGAGAAAUGGGAGUUAUAGAAGAUCGCUUCUUAAGAGCUGCAAAUGUUUCAGUGUCCCAGCAUGGUCUGGGGAAGAAGAGAGUUUGCCAAGUGUCUCCUGCUCAUUGUCACCUCCUUCCAACUCUCUAGCAAGAAAGGUGGGAGCCGAGUUCAUAGGUACCCUCAUACUCAUCUUUGCAGGAACAGCCACGGCCAUUGUGAACCAAAAGACAAAUGGCUCUGAAACACUUAUUGGCCUUGCCGCCUCCAAUGGCCUCGCUGUUAUGAUCAUCAUCCUCUCGACGGGCCACAUCUCAGGAGCCCAUCUCAAUCCAUCAGUCACCAUUGCCUUUGCUGCCUUGAGGCACUUUCCAUGGAAACAUGUGCCUGUGUACGUUGCAACACAAGUUAUGGCAUCAUUGUGUGCUGCAUUUGCUCUCAAGUGGGUUUUCCACCCUGCAAUGGGUGGGGGAGUCACUGUUCCUUCUGGAAACUAUGGUCAAGCUUUCGCUUUGGAGUUUAUCAUCAGCUUCAUCCUAAUGUUUGUUGUCACAGCAGUAGCCACCGACACAAGAGCUGUUGGAGAGCUGGCAGCAAUUGCCGUGGGAGCUACUGUCAUGCUCAACAUACUCAUAGCCGGGGAAACCACAGGAGCUUCCAUGAAUCCGGUGAGAACCCUGGGGCCAGCCAUAGCUGCAAACAACUUCAGAGCUGUAUGGGUGUACCUGACUGCUCCUGUCCUCGGAACGUUGUCUGGAGCAGCUGUCUAUUCUGCCGUUAAGCUGCCAGAAGAAAGUAACAGAAACCAUGACAAGCCUUCAUCAAAUACAGAAAGUCAGACUGCAGUGGAUUGA